AUGAACAACCUGCCAUUGUCGAACGAUGAGCGUCACUAUCGGAAUCACCUUUGGCGUGAGAAAAUGCAGCAACAACAGCAGCAGCAACGGUACAUCCCUUCACGAGAGGUCCCAGAUGAGCGCGUCUGUACCGUAAGCGAUGAUACCACUCGUUUCCACCAACGGCCAACGACGGCCAACAGUCCCGAACAUCCCAGACCCAGUCAAGGUCGAGGUCGGCCCCGUCGAGAACAUCCCGCCUUUCGGAUAUCCCAUCCCGUCGGUGAUGGCGUCGAAACCGAUGGCGACAUCGACGAUACGCUGUCAGAGUUUGCUGUCGGUUGUUACACGCCACGCCGUACCCGAGCAUCAACGAUGCGUCCAUCGACGUGGAAAAAAUUGAACCAAUGGCUUGACGCACACCAGCAAGAGCUGCAGAACGAGGGAAUGGGAAAGGGGCGAAGCAUGAGCGAGCUACGUUCUUUUGCUGAGUACAACUCAGAGGAAGAGGAAGGGGAGCACGAACAAUCGAAGGGCGAUACACCGGAGCAGGAAAAACAAAACGAUUUAACACACGAAUCGGAGCAUAUUCACAAAGAACCAAGGACGGAUGGUCAGCCGAUGGUGGCGACAGAGGUGAAAGAAGAAGACGCAUCGCCCAAAAAUAGAUCCAUCGGUAUUGGAUACCAGUUUCUGAAGAAUCUUAUGAUGUUGUUGCUGUAUAGCAUCGAAACAGUAGCACCAGUAACGUACCCAUUCGUACUAUGGCUCAAGGAUCAUAUGAGGAGUGCCAUCCUGUACCUUUGGGAGCGUUUCUUUCAACCGUUCUCACUGUCUGGUUUUCGAGCACGAGAAAAUUCCUUUUCAAUGCUCAUCAUGCUAUUGAUGGUUCCUGUGAUCGCUCUGCUGGGCAUUGCGUACUGUAUCCUUUGCAUACUUUAUUGGAUGCAUCGUUUGUUCCUGAUCGAACCCUGA